AAUGUAUUUUGAUAUUUGGCUUUGAUGGUUGACCGUUAAUGUAUAAUAAUAUUUUAGUUUUAAAGAAAUUCUUGCACUUAUGAUUUUUGACUGGAAACUUUGAUGUUCAUAAAGUAGAACAAGUAAGAAAAAUCACAGAUUUCACAGUAACUGUUACAAAUUGAAACACUGGUUGUUUACGUAGUAGCAUGUCUGAGAGGGGUCGCGGACGCGCUAGAGGCCGGGCAGGUCGUGGUGGAGAUGGAGCUAUGCAGCCGCCUCGGAGGCCCGGAGAGCAACCUCCUCAACAAGCUGGGGCUCCCAGACCUCGGCCUCAACCGCCGUUGGCUUGGGGUCCUCCAUCCGUAGUCCCGCCAGUCAGGGCUGGUAUGCCCACACAGUCCGUAGGCCGAGCAUCGCAUCGUACCACUCCAUCCACUCACGAUCACCCAGGAGAUGUUGAUAUACAACAACGAAUGCAAUCAGUUGCAUUAGGUCCGUCACAGUCAUCUGGUGGUGGUGAUGUUGGCACUGUGGUAGGACGUGGUUCCCGUCGAGGCGGAGGAAGAGUUCUGCCUGAACAAAUGACGAUUGUUCGGACACGUCCAGAGACUGUGACCUCCAAGAAAGGAAGCACUGGAGCUCCGUUAGACCUCUGUGCUAACUAUUUCACCAUUCAGACAACUCCUCAGUGGUCACUCUAUCAGUACCAUGUGGAUGUUGACCCCGAAGAGGACAAUACUGCUGUGAGAAAAGGUCUCCUACGCAUUCACGCUAAAACUUUGGGAGGGUACCUAUUUGAUGGAACUAACUUAUACACUGUCAAAAAACUGCACCCAGACCCAAUGGAACUAUACUCACAGAGAACAACCGAUGGUGAAAAUAUGAGAUUGCUAAUUAAGCUCACGGGUCAAGUGAGUCCUGGUGAUUAUCACUAUAUACAGAUAUUCAACAUCAUGAUAAGGAAAUGUUUCCGUAUUCUGGAUUUAAAACUCAUGGGUAGAGAUUUCUUUGAUCCGAUAGCUAAGAUUGACAUUCCGGAACAUCGUUUACAAGUGUGGCCCGGAUACAAGACUAGUAUUAAUCAGUACGAAGAUCGUAUUCUCAUGGUCACUGAGAUCACUCACAAAGUCCUACGUUUAGAUACGGUUCUUGAAAUGCUCAAGGAGUACACAUAUCAGUAUAAAGGUGACACAUAUAGGAAAAUGUUCUUGGAAGAUAUUGUCGGCAAGAUUGUUAUGACGGAUUACAACAAAAAGACAUAUAGAGUUGAUGAUGUUGCUUGGUCUGAGACACCGAAGUCUACUUUCAGGAUGAAAGAUCAAGAUGUAUCGUACUUGGACUACUAUAAUUUGAAAUAUAAAAUCAGGAUCCAAGAUCCCGGCCAGCCUUUGUUGAUCUCUCGUUCCAAGGAGCGUGAUAUAAAGCGUGGUAUGCCUGAACUGGUUUACCUCGUGCCGGAGCUGUGUCGCCAAACGGGUCUCACUGAUCAGAUGCGAGCUAACUUUCAAUUGAUGCGAGCUCUGUCUACACACACCAAGAUCGGUCCGGACAUGCGUAUACAGAAGCUACUUAAUUUCAACCGCAGAUUUACUCAGACUAAGGAAGUUGUUGAGGAACUGGGGACUUGGUCAUUAAAACUAUCGAAUGACUUGGUGAGGUUCAAAGGCCGUCAAUUACCAGCCGAACAUAUCAUCCAAGGAGGCAACAUGAAGUACCCAGCUGGUGAUACAAACGACGGCUGGACUAGAGAUAUGAGGUCUAAGAAUCUGUUCUCGGUCGCUAAUAUGCCGUCCUGGGUAGUCAUAACGCCUUCGCGCCAACAGAACGAUUCACAAAAAUUCGUAGAUUUGAUCAUGAAGACCGCUUCCGGUUGCGGAUUUAGAAUGCCCAGACCGGAAAUCGUGACCAUACAACAGGACAGCCAAUCCGCAUACGCCAAUAUGUGCGAAAACGUCAUAGCUAGAAAAAAUCCAGCUAUGAUAUUGUGUGUAUUGGCUAGGAAUUACUCGGACAGAUAUGAAGCGAUCAAGAAGAAAUGCACUAUCGACCGCGCGGUGCCCACGCAAGUCGUCUGCGCUAGAAACAUGACAAGCAAAUCGGCCAUGUCCAUCGCCACCAAAGUGGCCAUACAAAUCAACUGCAAGCUCGGCGGCGCUCCAUGGACGGUGGAAAUCCCCUUGCCUACACUGAUGGUGAUCGGAUACGACGUGUGUCACGACACGCGUUCUAAGGAGAAGAGUUUCGGAGCUUUGGUCGCUACGUUGGACAGACAAAUGACUCAGUACUACUCGUGUGUUAACGCGCACACCUCGGGAGAAGAACUCAGUUCACAUAUCGCCUUCAACGUGGCGUCGGCUGUACGGAAAUAUAGAGAGAGAAAUGGCUUCCUGCCCGGACGUAUCUUUAUAUACCGAGACGGCGUAGGCGACGGACAAAUCGCAUAUGUGAAAAGCCAUGAAGUAGCGGAAGUGAAAGCUAAGCUGGCUGAGAUAUACGGCGGCGGGGAUAUUAAAAUGGCGUUUAUCAUUGUGUCUAAGCGUAUCAACACGCGAGUGUUCGUGGACUGCGGCCGUAGUGGAGAGAACCCUCGCCCCGGGACCGUGGUCGAUGAUGUGGUCACACUACCUGAGAGAUACGACUUCUAUCUAGUCUCCCAAAACGUCAGAGAGGGAACGAUAGCUCCGACAUCAUACAACAUUAUAGAGGACACUUCCUGCUUAGAUCCGGAUCGAAUCCAACGCCUCACCUACAAGCUGACCCACAUGUAUUUCAACUGCUCAACACAAAUCCGCGUGCCGUCUGUGUGUCAAUACGCCCACAAGCUGGCCUUCCUAGCGGCCAACAGCCUCCACAACGCGCCCCAUCACUCGUUGGCCGACACCCUGUACUUCCUAUAAACAUUACUCAUAUGUAAACUAUUCCCAUAAACAUUAAAACCAUCACUGUGUUGAUUUCAAGCAACGGUAGUGAUUUUGUAACCAAUAGCGAAGUGAUGAACGGAAACUGUACUACAAGUACAUACUGAUUGAUUUGGAAUUAUCGAUUCAGUGCUAUUUUUGUAUUGUUAAUUCUUAUUGUUAGUUAUUAGAUUUAAAAUCUUCUUAAAUUAUGAGAAGACUCUUUGAAAGCUUUUUUGUGCCAAUUGUUUUUUUUUUUUCGUUCCUAGUUAAUUAAGUCGUGUCAAAUUAUUAUUUUUCUUUAAUUUUUUUUUUUUUGCUUAGUUUUUAUAAAUACCAUUUUUGUACGUUUGCUCUGGUUAUGACUAUCAAUAUUUCACCCACCGUCACAAACAAAGACUAAUGAGUAGUUAUGUUUUUGCGUCCCAAAAUGUUGAUUGAAACGGGUUUCAAAGCAUUUAAUUGUGACGUUUUGUACUUUAAGAUAGAUAAAGUCAAGAUGUCGGUUUUAUAAUUAAGAUUAUAAGUCAUUGUAGUCUGCUUCUAGGUUUCUUUGAGUAUAAUUUCGUCUAAUCUGUUUUGUUUUGAUACAUUUAACACCAAAUCGGUUGUAUUUUCUGAGAUUGAAACCUAUUUGUUAUAAGCUUAAGGAAAAAUAUCUAUUUUUUUGAUAUUUUUAUAGAUUUAGGUGUUUUAGAGUAAGACAUCGGCUGCCAUUGUGAUACAGAUUGUAAUAUUUGUCUAUGGAAUCUUAAUAAGAUCUGCAUCAUUAAUACAUACUUAAAAUGUUUCUUAUAUAAAACUAUUGGGUAUUUCUCCAUACAUUUUAUAGUAUUGUUGUUUAAAUGAAAAUAGUUAGAAAAAAAAAAUAUUCGGUGCAUUCCUUUCUAUAUUUUUGAGACGUCGUAAGAGACAAUCACUUUUGUUAUUGACACUUGAUUAAAAUUUUUUUUUAUAUUUUUCUU